AGAGAGAGAAACGCGGUUUGUUGUGCGUAGUAGCGCCACGAGUACAGAUCAAAGAACAUGGCGACGUUGACAGCUGCACUUUUACAACGUAUCGAGAAAAAUAUACCGAGAAGCAAGCGAAAAUUGCAAAAGCAUUUACGUAGUGCAGGGCUGGCGUACAUAUCAAGAACGGGUAAAUUAAUCCCAGCGAAAAAAGUUGCGGACGAGCUAUGCCAAUGUCCCCAGAAAUGCGACGAACGCAUCCCGACCGAGCUAAGAGAGCGACUGUUUGCGCAAUUCUACGGCCUGGGCGACCCCGAUAAGCAGAACAAGUUCCUGCGGGAGCACAUGGACAUACGCGCACGGCUGAACGUGCCCGAGCUGACGCUGAACGGCAGAGCGCCGCGACGUAUCACCUGCAAGUACUUAGUUCCGUUGUUACCGUCGUCGGAGGUCGUCGAGGUGUGCCAGAAAGCCUUCGUGAGCGCCUUCGUCAUCACGACGAAACGCGUCCGACUACAAAGGGAGAAGCUUAUAAGCAGUCUAGGACUGAACAGCUACAGUCACACGCGCUCAACGAAAACCUCCUCGCCUUCAGAGAACCAAAGUGAAACUCUAUGUAUACCUCCAGAAUGUGAUAUCUCGAGAUCUGUGGACGCCCAGAUGCCUUCUACCAACCACACACAUCUUCGAUCGCAACCGAAAAGGCUCGUCGACGAUCCCCUCAUACCGUUCGGGCUUCUACUGCCCGAGGGCAUAACGAUCGCGCCGGUAACGGCAUCGCCCGAUCACGAUAGAGACAUUGCGAUAGUCAAUAACUUCUUUUCGAAUCAACUAUGGAAACCAGAAUAUAUUGGUACUUAUUCUUAAUGUCUUCGGGCGUCGGACGCCUUAAUGUUGGUACUUAGUCUAAUUUUUGAAUUUUUACCUAAGGAAGGACGUUAUACGUACUGUUAUUUAUAUUUAUACUGAAUAGUUUAUUAUCGAAAUGAGAAUAUGAAAUAUAUAUUUUAUUGUUUUUAAAAUAAAAUGUUUUUAAUUAUGUA